AUGUCGGAAUACAUCGGGUCUCGUAUCUCGCUCAUCUCGAAAUCCGACAUCAAAUACAUCGGCACAUUGCAUGAAAUCAACAGCGAAAACCACACCGUCGCCCUCGAAAGCGUCACCUCCCAUGGCACCGAAGGUCGUAAAGGAAAUCCUGCGGAAGAGAUCUCCGGCAGUGAUCACGUGUACGAGUACAUUGUCUUCCGGGGAAGCGAUGUGAAGGAGCUGAAUAUCGUUGCGCCGCCGGCGGAGACGACGAGGGAGAAUGAGAAGCCGAUGCCUGAUGAUCCCGCCAUUCUCGGGUCUGCCCGCCCAGGUCCACCUCCUCAGCAACAACAACAACUUCCUCCACAGCACAACCAAUUCCGCGGCCCUCCUCCACCACAACAAUUCCAACAACCACAGCAGUUCGCCUACCCUCCUCCUCCCAAUCAAUUCCAAGGUCAACCACGGUUCCAAGGCCCAGGUGGACCACACGGCUUCCCAGGCAGUCCUGGUGCAGUCCCGGGCUACGGGUAUGGGCCACCACCUCCAGGUUACGGCAUGGGAUAUGGUCCACCGCCUGGCCAAGGCUUUCAAGGACCUCCACCGCCUGGCCACUUCCAACAAAACCAUCAGAUGCCCAUAGGUCCUCCAGGGCAGCAAAGACCUCCGCCUCACAUGCAACAAGGCCCACCGCACGCACCAAUCGGCAGUAAGCAGAAUACCCCACAGCCUGCGCCUCAACAAGCACCCAAGCCACCAGGUCUGGAUGCACAACAGCCGCAAAAGCCGAUCGAGAUGUCUGGUACGCCAGCACCAUCGUCUGCACUGAGUGCUUCGCCGGCUGGUCCUCCUCCUCCCACAGACUCGAAACCCUCAACUUCUGCUGCGCUAGCACCUCCUUUUCCUUCGCAGCCUCCGCCAAAGCAGACCCAGCGUCCUCACAACAACCGUGUCGCUGUACCGUUACCUUCCCCCAACGUCCUAGCUGCACAGCCUCCACAAAGACCGGCACAGAACGCAGCACCACAACAGCCACCACCAGCUUCAGCGGCUCCUCAACAAUCAGUGCAAGAUGCGACACAAGCAGCGACAGCAGCAGUGGCCGCAGCAAUGGCGAAGCUAGGUGCGACGAACAACCAAGGCCCGCAGCCUGCAGUAGGAGUAGACAACUUGACCCAACAAGUCGGUCAGAUGCGCAUGCAUGAUCCGGCGCAGCAACAGCGUGGUCGUGGACGUGGAAGAGGCGCACCAAGAGGUGGGAGGAGAGGAAGUGCACACAACCAGCCUAUUGAAGUGCCGAAAGAAGACUACGAUUUUGAGGGCGCGAACGCAAAGUUCAGGAAGGAAGAGGGAAUUGCAAGUAGUAGUCCCAUCACCAGCCCGGUCAAUGGCGAGUCGACAGCAGAAGGUCACGUGAGAAAUGGCGAUGCUGCAGCUCACGGUGGCGAGACCGAAGCAGUCAUCCCACCUCCUGCGUCUGGAAAUGCGAAAGGUGGCGCCGAGUACGACAAGAAGAAAUCCUUCUUCGACGACAUCUCCUCUGAUCUCAAGGACCGCACGGACAGGAUGGAGGGGCACGGUGGGAUGGUCGAUGGGAGGGCUAUGAGGAGGGAGGAGAGGAGUCGGAAUAUGGAGACGUUUGGGCAGGGGAGUGUUGAUGGGUUUAGGGGUGGUUAUCGGGGGCGUGGUGGGCCUAGAGGUGGUGGGAGAGGUUUUGGUGGCGGGAGGAGCAGAGGUUAUGCUGGCGGACGAGGUGGAUUUGAGCCAAGGGGCGGGAGAGGCGGGAGGAGAGGUGAUUUCGAGGUGGAGCAGGCUGCUGUUUAA